AUGGCUGAGCAGAAGAACGAGGCCCGGCCGGGUGACUCUACCUGUGGUUCUACUAGUCAGCAGCAAGAGACGAUUAUAGCUGUCAAAGUUGAUGGUGAGGGCGAUAAGGGAGGAAAAUAUGCACAAGACGAAAACAAGGAUACGAGCUUCAAGUAUUACUUGCGCAUCUUCACUUACAACGAUCGAUUAGGAUGGAUCCUCAACUCGAUCGCUUUCAUUGCUAUGAUUUGCGCGGGAACGUUACUACCUAUCAUGGAUAUCGUCUUUGGCAAGUUUAUCAACGUCUUUAACGAUUUUGUGUCUGGAGAACUGUCUCCUGCGGGUUAUCGAAAGGAGGUUGCCAAGUACAGUCUAUACUUUGUGUAUCUGUUCAUUGGGAGGUUUGUAUUGACCUACAUAUGGACAAUGCUCGUCUCUAUCGCCGCCAUCAGAACCACAAAGGCCCUUCGAGUCGAUUUUGUCAAGAGCACACUUCGUCAAGAGGUUGCCUUCUUUGACACUCCCUCUUCAUCUGUGCCUGGCCAAAUCACAACCAACGGAAACCUAAUCAACCAGGGUAUCUCUGAGAAGUUUGGCCUGACCAUUGCGGGCAUUUCAACCUUUGUCACGGCCUUCAUCGUCGCUUUUGCAGUGCAAUGGAAGCUGACGCUGAUUGUCAUUGCUAUCGUCCCUGUCAAUAUCAUAGUCACAAUUGCUGCAGUUGUUGUCGACAUUGGCUACGAGUAUACUAUGUUUGACAUUUAUUCAAGAUCGAGUUCCCUGGCUGAAGAGGCUUUCUCGACUAUUCGUACUGCGCAUGCUUUCUGGGCCUUUCCCAAGUUGUCGAAACGAUUCACGUCAAUCCUUGAAGAAGCAAGGAGAGUUGGCCGCAAGAAGUCGUUGGUCUACGUCAUUCUCUUCCCAACCGAGUUCUUUUGCAUCUUCUCUGGUUACGGUUUGGCAUUCUGGCAGGGAAUGAGGAUGUAUUCGAGCGGAGAGAUUACUGAGCCUGGAACGGUUGUAACCGUCAUCUUUGCAGUCCUCGUCGCUGCUACAGCUCUGACUCAGAUAGCCCCCCAGACAGUGGCGCUCUCGAAGGCAACUGCUGCUGCGCAGGAAAUGUUCCAGAUGAUCGACCGCAAGUCGCAGAUCGACGCCCUAUCUCAGGAAGGAGAACAAAUUCUCGAUUUCAAGGGCGACAUUCAGUUCCGUGGUGUUCGCUUUGCUUACCCUUCUCGGUCUGAUGUGACGAUCCUCCAUGGCUUGGACCUCGACAUACCUGCAGACAAGACAACCGCCCUCGUUGGUGCCAGUGGAUCUGGGAAGAGCACGAUUUUUGGCCUCUUGGAGAGAUGGUACAUGCCAAGUGAUGGCUCAAUUACCCUCGACGGUCACCCGAUUGAGAGUUUGAACCUGCAAUGGCUGAGGACAAAUAUCAGGAUGGUGCAACAGGAACCAACCUUGUUCAGUGGGACAAUCUAUCAGAAUGUCGUGGAUGGUCUCACCGGCACGAACAUGGCUGACCUGCCAGAAGACCAAAAGCGCGCAAUGGUCAUCGAGGCUUGUCAGUCAGCCUACGCCCAUGACUUUAUUGAGACUUUGCCCAAUGGUUAUGAUACUUGGAUUGGUGAGCGAGGUGCAUCUUUGUCUGGCGGACAGAAGCAGCGCGUGGUUAUCGCUCGAAGCAUCAUUUCCAACCCCAAGGUGCUUAUGCUCGACGAGGCCACCAGUGCCCUCGACCCAAACGCAGAAAAGAUUGUGCAGCAGGCUUUGAACAAUGUUGCAAAGGGUCGAACCAUGAUUGUCAUUGCUCACCGGCUCUCUACUAUUAGAGACGCUGACAAUAUCAUCGUCAUGGCCAAGGGCGAUACUAUUGAGCAAGGUUCACACAAGGAACUUAUUGAAAUGGGCGGAACCUACUCACGUCUUGUCCCCGAUAUCACCAACAAGGAUGAGAUCAACUAUGGACUUUUGAAGGGUCUCGCCUUGGUGGUGAAAGAGCAGAGGCCAUUGUGGAUUCACGGAUUCAUCCUGGUAAUAGUUGCAUUGUUUGGAGGCGCUACUUACCCUUCAUUGGCCAUUCUUUUUUCGAGAACCAUGACAGCGUUUGAGACGAAAGACGUUAGCAAGGCCAACUUCUUCUCUCUCAUGUUCUUUGUUGUUGCCCUUGGAAAUCUCGUUGUUUAUGCUGCUGCUGGCUGGGUCAGCAACGAAGUCGGUCAACACAUCAUGGCAGUUUACCGUGGGGAGCUUUUUGACAAUACCCUUCGACAAGACAUGACCUUCUUCGACGACCCCAAUCGUGGAACUGGUGCUCUCGUCUCGAGGUUGGCAGCUGAGCCUACGAACCUUCAGGAACUAUUGUCAAUCAACGUGGCGCUUAUUCUGAUCAACUGUGUAACCGUCAUAUCCAGUGCUGUCCUCGCCGUUGCAUACGGUUGGAAGCUCGGUCUUGUCCUGACACUUGGCGCUUUGCCAGUCCUCGUUGGCUCGGGAUACGUGCGGAUUCGUCUCGAGUACAAGUUCGACGACGAUGCAGCUGAUCGGUUUGCAAAGAGUAGCAGCUUAGCUUCAGAAGCCGUGCUUGGUAUUCGAACUGUCUCGUCGCUGGCGCUUGAGCGGGCUAUUAUCGAGAGAUAUAGUGGUGCUCUUGAGGGACUUGCGAGAGAAGCUAUUGGUAGUUUGGGAUGGAAGAUGCUCUUCUACGCCUUCAGUCAGUCGGCUUCUUUCCUGGCUAUGGCUCUGGGCUUCUGGUACGGUGGACGUCUUGUCUCAACAGGCGAAUACUCGACCGACCAGUUCUAUGUCAUCUUCAUUGCCGUCAUCUUCUCCGGAGAAGCAGCAGCUAUGCUGUUCCAGUAUAGUACGAGUGUCACCAAGGCACGAACUUCGAUCAACUACAUCUUUCAACUUCGGCGCCAGAAGAUUCUCUAUGACAACGAUGAGAACGGCCCUGAUGCUGCUGUUAGCGAGAAGGGAUCUUCUGAAAAGGGGCUUGAGGUUUCCUGUGAGGAUAUUGACUUUGCCUAUCCUCGCCGUCCCAAACUACAGGUUCUUCGGGGGAUCGAUAUCGGUAUCGAGUCUGGCAAGAUGGUAGCCCUCGUUGGUGCUUCUGGCUGUGGCAAAUCGACCAUGAUUGCGCUACUUGAGCGAUUCUACGACCCCAAGUCGGGUCUGAUCCGUGCAGACGGUCAAGAUAUCAAGACCAAGGAUCGACGUCUCCAUCGUCGAGACAUUGCCCUCGUCCAGCAAGAACCUGUUUUGUAUCAAGGCUCCAUCAGAGAUAACAUCUCUCUCGGCAUUGAGGAAGGUGUUCCUUCAGACGAAGACAUCGUUUCAGCCUGCAAGCAAGCCAAUGUCUACGACUUUGUCUCUUCUCUCCCUGAAGGUCUACACACACCAUGUGGAAACCAAGGUCUCUCCCUUUCCGGCGGACAACGUCAACGCAUCGCCAUAGCACGAGCCCUUAUUCGCAAGCCACGUCUCCUUCUAUUAGAUGAGGCCACAAGUGCAUUGGACACGGAGUCGGAGAAGGUGGUCAAGGAGGCGUUGGAUCGGGCAGCAGAGGGGAGGACGACGGUUGCUGUUGCGCAUCGGUUGAGCACCAUCAGGGAUGCUGAUGUGAUUGCUGUGUUCUCUGGUGGAAGAGUUGUUGAAAGGGGAAAGCAUGAGGAGUUGGUGGCAAAGAAGGGAAUUUAUUAUGAGAUGGUGUUGGGACAGUCUUUGGAUAGAGAGGCAUAG